GGAUAAAUGGCAUCAGAGCAGAUAUUUCUCUCUGAUUUUCAUCAUUCACUGGAAGCUAUGGCAGCUCUGAAGUACGCAGGUAUGGACGAUACAGAUAGUGAGGAUGAGUUACCACCUGGAUGGGAGGAGAGAUCUACUAAAGAUGGUUGGGUCUACUAUGCAAAUCAUGAUGAGAUGAAGACACAGUGGGAACACCCCAAGACAGGAAAGAAGAAACGUUGUGCUGGAGACUUACCAUAUGGUUGGGAGCAGGAAACUGAUGAAAAAGGACAGAUAAUUUACAUUGAUCACAUUAACAAGCGGAGCACAUAUUUUGAUCCACGUCACGCAUUUACAGUGGAGGACGUGGUGGUGAAGCCGAAGCGGUACGAUGGAAACACUGCCGCUCUAGAGAUCCUGCAGGGUCGUGACCUCUCUGACAAGGUUGUCCUCAUUACUGGAGGCAAUGCGGGCAUUGGCUUUGAGACGGCCAGGUCUUUUGCUCUUCAUGGCGCCCAUGUGAUCCUGGCUUGUCGAAACCUGACCCGUGCCAACAAGGCGGUGAGCCUCAUUCAGGAAGAGUGGCACAAAGCGAGAGUUGAAGCAAUGAUGUGCAACCUGGCUUCUCUGCGCAGUGUCAGGGAAUUUGCUGAAUCUUUCAAAGCAAUGAAGCUGCCACUGCACAUUCUGGUGUGUAACGCAGCAGUGUGCACUCAGCCCUAUAUGCUGACUGAAGACAACCUGGAGUCCACCUUCCAGAUCUGCCAUCUGGGUCACUUCCUGCUAGUGCAGUGUCUACAAGACGUGCUGCGUCGUUCAGCCCCAGCACGUGUCGUGGUGGUUUCCUCUGAGUCACACAGGUUCACAGACCUCCUAGACUCAUGUGGCAAAGUGGACCUGGCGCUGCUGUCCCCCUCAAAGAAGGACUAUUGGUCCAUGCUGGCUUACAACCGCGCCAAACUCUGCAACAUCCUCUUCAGCAACGAGCUCCACCGGCGGCUUUCGCCUUAUGGUGUCACCUCCAACGCAUUGCAUCCUGGGAACAUGAUGUACACCUCCAUACACCGGAGCUGGUGGCUGAUGACCUUUCUCUUCACGCUGGCCAGACCUUUCACAAAGUCUAUGCAACAAGGGGCGGCCACCACAGUGUACUGUGCGGUAGCACCGGAGCUGGAAGGGCUGGGCGGCAUGUACUUCAACAACUGCUUCCGCUGCCAGCCAUCUGCCCAGGCCCAGGAUCCAAGCAGUGCUGCCAGCCUGUGGGAGCUGAGCGAGCGCCUGGUCGCAGAGAGGUCAGUGGGCAUACAGGCCCUCUAAUGGACAGAAGACGAAGAGGAAGAGGAGGGCAACUAGCCAAAGAGGAAUCAGAAAGGAAACAGCUGAUGUUUCGUUAGGUGUGGACUAACUGUACUCUGACUGCACUAUGUAAGAGCUGCCAAACCAUGGAAGCCCAUCUGGAUAUGUCACAUCACUACAGCAUCUAAAACACUAAAUAUACAGCACAGGAGGGGAUUUCAUAUACAAUCUAUUGAAUUAGUUAAAGUUUAAGUGAAGUUAAGCUCUGCUGUAGUAUUUUAAAACCGGGAGUGGGGGAAAGGGGAAGAUCUGAGCCGAACCUGUCACAGUUUGUUCUUUGUCUGUUUGUCUCUGUAACCUUUCUAAGCUCUAAAGUCCUUUUUUUCCUCAAACGUCUACUUAAAUUAGUUGUAAACAAUGUAAACAAAAUGCAAAUGAGCUGUUUUGAUAACAAUACAAGGUUUAACUAUUAAGCAUACACUCUACGGCAUAUGCAUCUGAUUCCAGCAAUAGUGGGCUAUCAGCAAAUAUAAUGUCUUCCCAAUUAAUGUCUCUAAGUUCAGUGUCCUCUUGUCUAGUUCUAUGUUGGUGUUUAUGUUUCCUAUUCUGAUACAGAGAGCGUUUGCUAAUCGUUGUGCUAAAUCUUUUUGGGUAAGAAGAAAUAAAUAAUAAUGGGCAUGUGAAACUUAUUGAAUUAUAAACACAGUAGAGGUAUGAUUCUAAUGGCUAUGUACACAAUUUUGCAAUAAUUAUAUUUCUUAUCAGUGUCCCUAUUUGUUUUCUGUACAGUAUUUACAACAUCCUGAUUUCUGGCCAUGUGCUAAAGGGGGGGGUGGACAUCAUAUUUUUUUCUGCUAUUUUACUCAACCUAAGUAUUGACAAUCUAUGCUCUGGUAAGUUACAAUUUGGAGAUAUUUACGGGUUAAUCUUUGUCCAUUUGAAUGACAAAUACAGAAGGUGGAGAAUUUUAUUUACAGAGUCCAGGAUCUUUAAUUUCUUCAGUUCUCCUUUUUUGUUUUGUUUUUAAAUCAUCCGCUUUAGUAUUGAACUCCGGCUUUGGAUUUGCUGUGGAUUGGUUGCCCUGAAGCCACAGGGGGUGGGACGCUUUUGAGACAUUGUGCUUUAUGGCAGUCCGGAUGCUGUAGGUUGGUCUUGAAACAGCAUUCCAGUGUCAUGAUAUCUGAAAAACACACACACACACACACACAAAGAGAGAACAAGUCAAUAAAAACCUGUUCCACAGAAAUAUGUGAAUUCCUUCUAUAGAAGUUCAUUCAUCUGAAGACCAUUAGGGGGGGAUAUUUGUGUGGGAAGCUGAGAAGUAAGCAACAAGUCUAAGUACGACAGUUUCCAGUUUUCCAGAGUGUACUAACCAAGUAUGAACAUCACAGAGUAAAAGAACCUGUUUUUACAGUAUUUUUCCCCCUCUGACAGAACAGGAAAUACACUCAUCAUGUAUUCAAAGAACAGAUCAAUCGACGCAAUCGCACGUUUGACCAGCACCCUCACACAUGAAUCCUCAUUGUGUUUCCUUCUGUAGAGAAUCAUCAGAAUGACACAGCAUCACAGUUAUACUUAAUAUAAUAUACUCUCACGCAUGUAUUGUUUCUUUUCUUCCCUUCCUGGCAGACAUACUGAAGAGAAGAAAAAAAAACACAGGAACAGACAGAACAUUCAGAAACAUGCUGUGCCCUGCACAGAAACUGAUACUGCUGUUAUAAUCUGUUCUGUACCCAGAGUACAGGUGUCUUAUCGCUGUCCUUUCACAGCACUGCACACACCUGGAACAGAGAUGCAGUACAAACACUCACAUGCACACGCACACACACACAGAGCAGGAACAGUCAGCAUCCCGCAUGUACAGUACAGCAAGCAAAACAACAUUUUAUUAAACUGUCCAGAAUCUUUUGCCUCUUUAUUUCGCAUCAGAUUGAACAAACGGUAUAAAUAACGUGUGUUUAAAAAAUUGUUUUAGUGUCUGAAAAAAAUAAAAAUACAGAAAUCUGUCAUACGCAGAGGAGGAGUUAAACAGUAAUAAAGGAUGUUCCCAGCCGCUGUCCAUGGUGCUGAUAAGGCUCAGGCCCUUUCCUGGCCAUACUUUGGCAAACAUGAGAAUUUGCCUACUUGUCAAUCAGUUACAGAGCAUAUUGUGUAUGUGCUGACAUGAGCCUCUGUGAGAGACGUUUUCCCCUGCCCGAGUGUGUGACUGAUCAAGUUGUGAGCAGACGUACUUGCCAGUGUGUUAAGCACGUCAGCUGUUUAGUUUCCCUCUGUCUUUUAUUUUGAUUUAGUUGGUCUGCCCUGAUGUGUUCCGUUGUUUUGUCUUUGUUGACUUCAUAUGUGGUUUAUUAAAAGUGUUUGGGUUUUUUUGCUCUA